AUGGAGACACAUAUAAUUAGCGACGAGGAUGAAAGACUCGCUAGACAGCGAAAAAUGCUCUUCGAAAAGUUCGGGAUAGAAGCGGACACUCUGGGGGACGCGGCACCGUCGGCGGUACCUCCGAACAAAAGCGCUGAAUACACGGAAGCGGACCGCGUUGGUGUACUAGGCAAGACGUCUUGCGGACAGGCGCAAGGUCAGAGGGCGAUUUCACCCCCCAGCACUCCCAGUGUGGUUCAAAUUGCAGAGGAAAGUCAGGAUGCAGACCUUCAUAACGCAACGCCCGACCCCCAGCGAGACUACGGACUGCGUCUGCUUGGAAGCAGGUUUCAUUAUCGCGCAAGCUUGCACGAACAGGCUCGAGCAUCACGGGAACUGUUCGCGGUUACACCAGUGACGGCGUACGCGUCGCCGCUGGUGGAGAGCUCAGCGCACCGCAUUGCUGUGCACGACCACUGGAUCGCUUAUGCGGUGAAAAACCAUAUCCGGUUGCUCGAUAGGCUCCAAAUCCAGCGCGCCCUCCUGAAAGGCCACGAGGGCCCUGUCGAGGAGCUCUCCCACGCACCGCAGUGCCCACAGCUCCUGCUCUCUAGUGCAGCCGAUGGUAGUGUAAUCUUCUGGCGGCUCGAGGGUUGGGAUGGAACGUCGCGAUCGCCGAGCGAGCACCUACAGUGGCGCUUUCAGCUCUCGAACCGACGGAGUUCCCGUAUUGCGCUCUCCCCAGAUGGACGCUGGAUAGCCUUCACAGAGGACGCUCGGGUACACGUGCUUCCCGUCACCGCUGAUGGCGAUGUGGAAAGCAGGCAGCACACAGUGAUUCCAACAACGCAUGAGGUUCGUGAUAUUGCUUUCGUUGCCAAGGCAGCUGCAGCUGGUUGGUUGCUUGUUUUAGCUAGUGCUCAUGGAAUGGUACAUAUCGCUGAACCGGAGCACGGCACGAUCGUGGGGGAGUUCUGCGCUCACAGUGGGGCGCCAGUGGAACGUGUCCUCAGCCUCGCGCCGCAGGUGCUCGUCACUGCAACAUCGUGUUGUACAGAGCUGUGGUAUUGGCGACUCGUUGGGCUCUGGGCUCCGCCGCAGAGCGGCAGCGUACAGCUCCUCGCGCGCUGCUCUUUUCAUGAAUAUGCGAGCUUGGGGCCGCUAGCGACCGAUCCCGAGGGAGAAUUCCUCUUUCUCGCGAAUCACGAGACCAGGCAACUUUUUGUUCUGCACCAUGCGAGUGGAACCUUUAUCCCGGAUUAUUUGGUGCAGGUGCCUCUGCGGUAUUCGAUUGCCAGCUUCUGUGCGACUCGUUCUGUUCGUCGAGAACGUGACCUGGAUGAGAAGUCUGGACUACCACAGUUGCGUGAAAACGUCUUUCUUGACCUGUGGUGCAUGCAUGAAAAGUGUAUUCAGGGGUAUCAUGUACGUCGCGAACACUUGGCGCCAGCAGGAGAAGCACCCCCGGCCGAGUUGUCGCUCGAGAGCUCCAAUCAUGACGAGAACUAUAAUGAUCUUGAUGACCCUGUUCAUGAUGAUGAUGAUGAUCGUCAUCGUGCUGUUGGUGCUGCUGGUGACGAUGAUGAUCAUGGUGAUGCUGCCGGAAACCGGGUGCACGGGCGACCUGUGCUGGACGUUUCAGCUUCGCAGCCACUCGAGGGGUUGAUGUCGACGUCGCCGCCGGUGCUGGUGACCCACACCCAUACCCUGUACGAGGCUUUUCGGAAGAUCGCUCCGCAACUGAAGCAGCGAAGCUCAAGCUCCAGAAAGCACUCGGCCAUUGGCGUGGGCAGCGCUGCCUCAAGCUCUCCGAGUCCAAAUGCUGGCGACGCUGCCUCAAGUUUGCCAGUCGAUGUUCGAACACUUGCUCCAGAGAGCAAUGGUGAAGCUGGCGCUGCUACGCCAAAGCGCGGAGACUUUCCAGAUCAGGCGACGAGCGCUGGAAUGCCUUUGUUCACGGAGAAGCGCAUUCUGGAACUUGAAGCGCGACUGACGCGUAUAGAGCAGCUCCUGCAUGAACUCAUGGGCACGGUGAACCACACCAGGUCGGAGACAGCCUCGACGAUGCACGGUCUUCUCCAACAGAUUGCCAAAGAGCACCUCGUGCCGGCUCUGAUGCGCACCAGUGCCGAGACGGCAACAUCGCUCUCUCGAGCGCUCGACGAGGCCAUACGGGUUCGCUUCAAGCCGGUUACCGAACAGCUGGAACAAGCGUUACAGCGGACACUGCAAUGGCCCACGUCAGGACCUGUGUCUUCUGCUGGAAUGACGGCGACGACACUGGUGCCCACCGGGUACACGGCACCGACACCGACACCACGAGAGCAGAUCCUGCGAUGGCUGCAUCAACAACCGAUGCCGGACGAGGAUCGAGCGUUUCACGCAGCGCUCAAUCUAAGUGAUCUGGAGACGUUGGUCUGGCUCUGCAAGCAGUGCUCUCCGGAGCUUGUCUGCGAGAAGCUCUCCCAGCCUGUGCUCCUCUCUCUGGUCCAGCAGUUAGGUUUCGAUUUGCGGACCCAUCUCGAAUGCAAGUUAUCGUAUUUAGAGGAAGCGGUGCCGCUGAUUCAACCGAAAGAUCCGAUUAUCGCUCGGCAUAUGGAACCAACCAUGCGUCAGCUUGUGCAUAAUCUAGAUGAACAGGUUUUACAUGCUGGUGAAGAGGUUGCACCUGCGCUUCGGACGCGGGCUCGUUUGCUGCGCAAGGUCGCCACGCUGUUGCUCCUUUCACCAUCGCCAGCGAGUUAA